GAAAGUUUGGCCCGUGCGUGGGGUUGGGGUGGAGGGCGGGACAGAGGGGCUGGGCCCAGGCGAAGCUCCUGUCGCUGCUGCAGUAGAGGACGAGGCCGGGACCUGGACUGGGCCGGGAGUGCCGGACGUGGAGGAGCAGGAGGCGAGGUCUGCCGGAGCUUCGAGCCCCCGCCGCUCUCCCGCGCUGUGACCCCCUCGUCCAAGCGCCGUCCGACCCGUGGCUAUACUCGAGGCGAUUGGUGGGGUCGCGGCGGCAUUGGUUGGGGGUGGGGAAAGGCGCGGCGAGGAGACGAAAGAGGUCAGCGAGUUUGAGGGAGGACCGAGAGCCGUGCCGCCGUCAUGUCCGAGGACUCGAGCGCCUUGCCCUGGUCCAUCAACAGGGACGAUUAUGAGCUGCAGGAGGUGAUCGGGAGUGGAGCAACGGCUGUGGUCCAAGCAGCAUAUUGUGCCCCUAAAAAGGAGAAGGUGGCAAUCAAACGAAUAAACCUUGAGAAAUGUCAAACUAGCAUGGAUGAACUCCUGAAAGAAAUUCAAGCCAUGAGUCAGUGCCAUCAUCCUAAUAUUGUCUCUUACUACACAUCUUUUGUGGUAAAAGAUGAACUGUGGCUAGUCAUGAAGCUGCUAAGUGGAGGUUCUGUUCUGGAUAUUAUUAAGCACAUUGUGGCCAAGGGGGAACACAAAAGUGGAGUCCUAGAUGAACCUACCAUUGCUACAAUACUCAAAGAAGUGUUGGAAGGGUUGGAAUACCUGCAUAAAAAUGGACAGAUUCACAGAGAUGUGAAAGCUGGAAAUAUUCUUCUUGGAGAAGAUGGCUCAGUACAGAUUGCAGACAUUAGACACUGGGACAUUAAAAAACAACUACAUGUCCGAGGUUAUGAUUUCAAAGCUGACAUCUGGAGUUUUGGGAUCACAGCAAUUGAAUUGGCUACAGGGGCAGCUCCUUACCAUAAGUAUCCGCCAAUGAAGGUUUUGAUGCUGACACUGCAAAAUGAUCCUCCUUCUUUGGAAACUGGUAUUCAAGAUAAGGAAAUGCUGAAAAAAUAUGGAAAAUCAUUUAGAAAAAUGAUUUCAUUAUGCCUUCAAAAGGAUCCAGAAAAAAGAAACGACGUUAUUCGAGGACCUGCAGUGUGUGUGUUUCUAUUACAGCUGUUUGCAACACCUGAUCCCGUGGGUACUGUACUUCAAGUUCCAGAACAGAUUUCUGGCCAUCUACCUCAGCCUGUACAGCCAACUCAAGUCUCUCUCCCGCCCCCUGCAGAGCCAGCAAAAACAGCGCAGUGAGAGUCGGGUGGGAGUGGAGAUAAGGAUGAAAAGGGCAUCCCAUAUUCUCUUUUCUUUCAUAGGAAUUCAAAAAAAGAACUAAAUGAUAUUCGAUUCGAAUUUACUCCUGGGAGAGAUACGGCGGAGGGUGUCUCUCAGGAACUCAUUUCUGCUGGCCUGGUCGAUGGAAGGGACUUAGUAAUAGUGGCAGCUAAUUUGCAGAAAAUUGUGGAAGAACCCCAGGCAAAUCGAUCUGUCACUUUCAAACUGGCAUCUGGUGUCGAAGGCUCGGAUAUUCCCGAUGAUGGUAAACUAAUAGGAUUUGCCCAGCUCAGCAUCAGCUAAACCACAGCUCUGGAGGAGGCGGCCUAAGGAGAUUCCACACAUGUGUAUCUCUGUUGCUUCUGUUGGCCUAAACCCACUACUGCCAAAGAACCCAGCAACAAACCUCCCAGCUAGGAGCUUUAGAGGUCUUUCUUUAUGUUUUCCUGCCGUCAUUCCCCCUUUUUCCCACAGGGAAAGAAAAAUCGGAUCACCAGUGGCCAGCAUCCCUUUAAAGAGUUCCGUUAGUAAACUUACUGCACAUGUCCCCUACCUUCCUCCGUCUGAGAAGCGGCCCAUGUGCUUCAAGGCCCAGGAGGGAGAUCUCUCAGCUCAUCUUGCCUUACUCCAGUGAUGACACUGGGUGGAAAGUAGCAGCUAUAUUGGGCUUCCUUGUGCUGCCUGUUCUCCCACACCUGACCAGAUGUGGGCAUUUGGGGAUAUCUCUUUACCCCACUGAAGUAGCAAUUAGAAGUUGAUUGUUCAUCUGGAGCCCAGAGAAUUUAAUUUAGGGUUUAUUUGUUCUUUUUUUGUUUUAUUGUUUUUGUAUCUGAUGUGAAUUCUAGCAACCUUUGUUAGGAAAAAGCACAGCCUCAGAUGGAGGCAGCCUAAACUGUGUUCCAGUUUUGUUCAUGAUGUUUCUAAGCGUUUUGCUGAAGCUGCUCUCAGGCACCCCUCUUCAUCACUCCCUCCAGAAAGGGUUGCUAGCCUUAACUUCAGCCGGUGCAAAACAUCUGACUGUAGUCAAACUUCAGCCAUCAGAUCCUUCAAAGUGAAACUUCGGACUGUUUUUAGAGAAAACAUCAAGUAAUGGAUUGUAAAAAUGAAUUUUACCAGCAGUGGUUUUGGAACAGAAAAAGAUCAUAACUCAUUUCAUUGUGGAAGUAUUUAUUUUCAGAAUUUAAAAAAUGAAAUUGAAGACAAACUGCUCCUCAAUCCUCCCAUGAAAAUCAAUUUGCCUGGCCUCCGAGUCAUGAGGAAAUACAAGGCUGAGAUUUCUGCAGCAAUAAGGAGACUCACGCUGGGCCCCAGAGGCCUGCCUUCGGCCCCCUCGCCUGCACUGACCCUUUGGAGGGGGUCCCCACUGCGGUGCGCUGAACCUGACCCAAGGCGGAAAGUGAAACCACAUGUGCCGUGACUUUUAGGAUUUAUGAGUAGACAGUGUUCAUUUGAUUUUCUACAGAAAUAAUAUAAAUUAUUCUUUAGGUUUUAAAAAAGAGCAUUCAUAAUGCAAUAUGUGAAUAAUCAGUGGGGUUACUUUUUUUUUCCUGCUGUUUCACAGUCAGCCUUUGCCUAACUGCAAAUAGCCCUCACAAGUUUUGUAUAUGAAAGGGGUCCUCAAAUCUGGCCUUAAAACAACACCCACAGAGGGACUGUGGCCCCAUAAAAAGGGGAGCGUUGCCUCUUACAGAAGGCAACGUUUCCAGCAUCGUUGGUCUGUGAAUAACAAGAUGGCUUCACCUAGUUUUCUCUCGUAGCAUCUCUGAAAGCUUUCCCCACAGCUGACUUGCUAAAGUUCUUAUUUCAUCCUGAGUUUGUAGUUUUAGUCCUGGUCUUGCUUCACCUACCCUGGAUGCAAAGGCGUAUUAGGAAGGAGUGGACGUCGGGGAGGAGGAGAGGGCAUGGGUUGGAGACAAGGGUUGGGAAGAAGGUAGAGUAGAAGGUCAGACACCAAAGCCCAUUAUCCCAGCAGGAUCAUUAACAGGAGGGAGCCUGCUGAGCCUGGAGAGAGUGAAGAUCGAUCAGAUUGCUAGAAAAAAUAUUUAGCUUUUCUUUUUUCUUUCUUUUCUUUUUUUAUUUAUUUUUUAUUUUUUGAGGCGGGUGGCGGGAAGACAGGGAGAUGUUCGAACAGGUAUGAAUAAAAGAUAGUGUCCUCUUUGGCUCUAGACUAGUGGCUUACCUUCGAAUCUGUGUGUGGGUGUAAACAAGCCCAUCAUAAUGUAUUUAUUUAUGAAUCCAAAGGGUGGUAACAUCACUCUGGUCUAGCUUUCUGGUUGGAGGGGGUCUAAAGCCCAGGCUGGGAGGAAGCGGCAGCCACCCUCCUGUUCCAUUUCUCCAGCUGGCCAUAACCUUUGAACUGCAGUGGGACAGGCAUGACAGUAGAAGUGGGCUAGGGCUUUCUCUUUCCUUUCAGUUCGUUUUUUUGCCCUGCUGGGAAUUAGGAGUCAGACACCAAACCCAGGACAGUGUUAUUUCUCCUUCUGCAUGAUGUGUGGUGGACUCCCUUUGCUGUCUUAUGCAGUGAUGCUGAGAAAAUAAGUGAACAGAAACUUCCCAGGUGGGACAGCAUGUGACCCAGUGAGCGACCUGGCUCCUUUCCAGGAGUGGUGGUUCAGGGUACACCUCUGUCCUGAGGUUCCCCAGGAUCCCCUGGUCCCUGGGGUAGGGACUAACUUUAGCACAAGGUAACAUGUGCCAAUGCUUUUUUGUGAAACGUAUGGUCUUUCUAAAUGACUAAUGGAUUUGUUUGGGGUUUUUGCUUAAGUUUUGAACCAAAUCCCAGAGCCAGGUGAUACUAUUUAAUAAUCUGGAGGAUAGAAUAAUGGUGUAUCAAUAAAUGGAGGUUCCUCCUUAUGACGUAUGCUAGAUUAUGGAAGAUGUAAAAUAUUUGACUUUGUCCCCCUUUUUUUGACUUUGUAUUUUGCUGCAUGUUUCCUUCAUUUUUAAUCAAUAAAGAGGAAAUUGUCUGUG